UCCUUUGAGCAAUAUUUAUUGUGUUCAAGUUAUACACUGGGAUCAUGGGAAAUUUCUUAUCAUGAUUAUCGAUCUAGGCUCAUUUUUAUACUAUUGUAAGAUUUAUGUACCUUCUCUGUGGUUGUUGCAGAUUCAUUGAAAUUCACAUCCGCAUUAUCAGUAGGACUAGCAGUUGUUUUUGUUGUCAUUGCUGUGUGAAUCUCAAUUUUCAAGAUUAUAAUAGGAGGCCUUGAGAUGCCCAGACUCUUCCCGAUCAUUACAGAUGUAGCAUCAGUUCUUGAACUGUUCACUGUUGUUCCUGUGCUUGUGACUGCCUAUACCUGCCACUACAACGGAACUCUUGAUGAUGUGCUUGCCAAUUUUGACACUGAUCUUGGAAUUCCUUUUGGUUCUGUGCUCAAUGACGCCGCAUCUUGUGCUUGUAUUUCCAGUUGUCUUCUAUGCAGUGCGCGUCAACCUAGAUGAUUUCAUAU